CUCGUCCACCACCAUAACGGCUCAUACCUUACCAUCCAUCACAACUGCAUGCCACUUCACGGUACCGCACGCCACCCACAGCUCCACUGCAUCGAGCGCCUCGCUUGAAGGAUCCGCCCACGCUCACGGACCGGUCAAAUCCCUCUUCUCGGGCUUUGCAGACAACCCGCGAAGCCAGCGGUGACGGGAGAGUCAACCUGGGUGCCAUGGAAUCCUCCGGUAUUCUUACUAUCGACAAUCUCCCGGAGAAGCUACCAUCGUGGCACCCGGAAGAUGACAGCCAUGUCUAUGCUAUUGUAGACAUGGGCAGUAACGGAAUACGUUUUUCCAUUACUUCUCUCGCCCCUCCAAAGGCCCGUCUCCUGACGCCCAUUUACUCUACGCGCGCGGCCAUCUCGCUCUUUGAUGCUUUGACUCCUGAUGACCAUGGUGGUCUCAUCUUGCCAUCUGCUACCAUCAGCGAUGUGGCGAUCGCACUUCAGGACUUUGCACGGCUGGCAGAGCUCCACCAGGUUCCCCGUCAGAACAUGAUGAUAUUCGCGACGGAGGCAAUGCGCCGCGCGUCCAACGCCACCGAGUUGCUGGCCGCCGUGGCCAAGGCUACCGGCGGCUGUGGCGUUCAAAUCCUCGAACCGGCUGUCGAGACUCUUUUCGGAGCCGUAAUGGGAUCGAGAAGCGCCCUGAAUACGGUAGACCGCGGUGCUCUCUUCCUCGACCUGGGAGGAGGCAGUGUCCAGAUCACCUGGGUCGACACGUCACUUGCUGCGUAUGAGACCAAAGCCGCCUUGGCCGGUUGCAGCAUGCCGUACGGUGCUGCAAAGCUUACUCGUAUCCUCGAAGAAGGAGACGCUGAGCUUCAGAUUUCUGAAAGCAACAAGCUGCACGAGUUGAUGAAAUCAGCUUACGACCAGCUGUGCGUCAAAUUCCCAAAACUACAAGACAUACGUCAAGCCUACGAAAGCGGAGACACGAAAGCUUGUCUCGAUGUAUAUAUGUGUGGCGGAGGUUUCCGUGGCUACGGAAGCAUGCUGAUGCAUGCUGAUAAGCAUCAGCCUUACCCCAUACCAUCCAUCGGGACGUUCACGGUCGACGGCGCUACCUUCAAACAAGUCGACGAGAUGAUUCGAAUCAACAAGGAGCAUGACGGAAAGAUAUUCGGCCUAUCCAAGAGACGCCGCCGUCAGUUUGAUGCGAUCACUCGAGUUGUCAAGGCGUUCAUUGCAACCGUACCAAAUAUUAAUCGCGCCACAUUCUGCCAGGGGUCGAAUCGAGACGGCGCCCUGAUGAUGAAGCUUCCCCGCGAAAUUCGCGAGAGCAACCCUCUUGUGGCAAUAGCUGCUGUCUCCGCCCAGGAAAAGCCAAUCUUCGACGGAAUCUUGAGGAAGCUCUCCCAGGCCCUGCCUCAAGAAGUAUUUGCAUCCCCCAACACUCCCACAGUCUUGUCAGAUGAGGGCCUAGGGUGCCUCUACAUUCGAGAAAUAUGGGCUCGGGGCGGCUACUACGCCGACACCAAUGCAUCUUAUGCCCUACACAACGCCAUCUCCCGAGAUUCUGAUGCACCCGGGCUGACUCACUUGUCCAGGGCCCUCCUUGGCCUCACUGUUGCCGCAAGGUGGGGCCUAGGCCUUGGUCCGGCCGACACGAAGCUUGCCGAAGGUCUCGAAGGUAUCAUCUCCCGCAACAGUAACGAUGCUGUAUUUUGGGCCAAGUACAUAGGCGCUGUCACCGACGUGGUUGCCAGCAUUUUCCCCGUCUUUCCGCGAGACAUUGACCGAUUCGAGAAGUCACUCAGUUUUGAAGCUCACAUUCGACCCCGAGAAGAGAAGAAGGAUCGUCUCGAGUUUGAUAUACUCAUAUCAGAGGACAUCCUUGCGCAAGUCAAACCAGCUGGCUUAAUAGAGAAGCUUAAGAGCACGAUGAAAAACGGGACCAAAACGCCUGAAAAGAAAAUCGUUGCUCGGAUCGAUACGCUAAAAUCAUGAUUUCGUAACGUCGUCACCCUUUUCCAACACAGAAAUACCACCAGUGGGAGAGACCGGCCACUUCACCCCAACCCAUACCAAGAGACGCUUGUCUUACUCAUAGUCAUCGUCGCAGUCGUCUUCCGCCCCCUUGGAUCUCGAGGACUUGGGCGCCCGCUUCCUUGCAUUCAGCUUUUUGAGUUCGUGGUUGACGACGAACACGCAAAGUCUCUGGUCAAUCUCAUUCU